CGUUCCUAUCGCCGCCGCCGCGGCCGUUGCCUCCUCCUGUUCAUAGCAGGACGACUCUUUCUCCCAUCGGUUCGAGCUAGCAGGAUUUACAGUCAGUCAACGAGCCAGUUUUCGUACGAGCGCCGUUCGGAGCACCGAGUGUAUGAGCACCCGGCAGUGUAUAAGAAAACUUAAAAAUUUGGUGUUACGGUCAGGGAACGUCAUAUUACGCAUUCUGAAUUUAGUCGUUACGCUCUUUGCUUAUACUCUACAUCAGUUAAUGACAACAAAAACUUAAUGUAUUAGAACCCGUUGAGUAACUAUCGGCGACUGCUGGUGCUCUAUAAUUAUGUCUUGCGGCAUUUGAGACGAAACUUUCUGCUCAGAGCGCUAGUAAGCGAGCGCUAAUAUAUGGAUUGCGUAAUAGAGAGCCUACGUAACUUCAAUUUGAUCGGAGGGAACAUAUUGAUUUAGUUACAUUAUUAAAUAUAGCUACUGCUGUCAAUCGCCGUAGCGCUAAAAGGAGCUUUUUAUGCAAAUGCAUCGAUCAUAGUAACUGCCCGGAAAAUGGCUGUAACAAUGGAGGAAAACACAAUGCCAAGGUCCAGUAAACAGUUCGACAAUUUGUUAUCGAAUCAUACGAAACAGUGCCGCUAUCUAUCGGUGCUUAGGGCCGAGUGACAACGACUCUAAUAACUCUAACGUUCGGAUUGAAGACUUCGACUCGGCCUGGCAACCUGUAUGGUCCAUACACAGAGUGAGUCCCGUGGGAGUACUUCGUAGAGUAAUUUUUCUAUGCUAAAUGAAUAGAAACUCUAGCAGAUUGCAAAACGACGCGGUCCUAGUAUAGAUUCAACUCAUAGUAGCUCAUGGAAUAAGUGCACGUGUCAUUACUAAAGAAAUAACAGUAGCAAACGCUUAUUGGAUAUACCGUAGUUAUCAUCAAGGUGGUCUGCUAAAGACGUUGUGCCAGUUUUCCAAGUGUUAGUGUGAUUGGACUUAGCAAUUGGGAGUCGGUGCAGUGAAAUGUAGCAAAUUGUUUGCCGCUAACAUAGAAUUCUAAUGUAGUAAUCACAUUGGAGACUGUCCUAUCGUUCUCAACCGAAAGCAUAACGGCAACCAUCGCAGCGACCCUAUUGGCAGAUUCAUGUUGAUCCCAUCUGAUUUGUGAUCACUAAGGGCCAACCGGAAGAGCCUGCGCAAGAGUAUCAUGAUGAUGAUGAUGAUGAUUAUAUGGCCUUCUUUAUUUAGCCUUAACACCACCCUUUACCUACGUUCUUGCCGCCGUCAGCGACCUAUAGCCGUUGCUGUUAUUGUGUAUUGAGUAGUAAGGAAAAUAGAGCAACAACAGUGCGCGAAUCCCUCCUUGAUCGUCACGAUAUCGGCCAUUAUCAUCGACAAUCUCUAUGGCUGCUCAUCAUCUAUCUAAUAAGAAUGAUACAGAAGCACUAAGAGGCUGGAUCAUGAAAGUCCUCUACGUCUGGUUAAUCCUUCUGCAGAUCCUGAUGCUCAAGUCAACUUUGAUUGAGGCGAAGCGAGGCAGACAUGCCACACAUCGUAAUCGACUUGCUCGAAUGCUGAUGUCUGGCGAAAGUGUGGACUCGAUCGAUGUUGACCAUAUCAACUUAUUCAAUGACUUCAGUAGUUUUCGCCAAAACGACCCCAAAGAGAAGCCGUCGAUAAAUCGUACCCUAACACCGGUUAAUAUUACGGGACAGCUCGGCGCAACCGUCUAUCUUCACUGCGUCGUGCAUCGUCGGGCGCAAAAAACGGUCACAUGGCUUAGGCGAUCGGACUACCACAUACUCACGGUGGGCCUGCACACGUACACAACCGAUAAUCGCUUUUCGGCCAGUUCGGCUCGAGUCCUGCGCGGAACGGUGCCCGGCUACGAAACCCUUGGCAUGCCAACGGCGACAUUGAACGCUGACGGCUUACAGCGGAGCCUGCCGGACGACCCGGAAGACUGGAUGUUGCAGAUACGCGGGGUGGCAAAGGCGGACGCCGGCGAAUACGAAUGCCAGAUUAAUACACAACUCCCCCUCAUUAGCGCUCACAUCACUCUUAAUGUCCUUGCUCCCCAUGCUUCGAUUGUAGAGGCACCCGAAUUGUACGUGAACAGCGGAAGUACGAUCGCGUUGACUUGCGUUAUUCACGAUUGCCCCCAACCACUUACCCACAUUUUCUGGUAUCAUCAAGAUAAGGUGGUCAACUAUGAGAGACAUGUAAAUAUUACGAUGGAACGCCCUGGCUCAAGAUUAGGCGACGAUCUACAAUCAAUGUUUAAUUCCUGGGCUAUACUUGGUGGUUCUGCUUCGCGAUCUGAGUCCCCAUGGAUACAGGUUUCGAAGUUGCUCAUCCCGGUGGCGUCUGCGGAACACUCCGGUAAAUACACGUGUGCUCCAGUUGAUUCAACGCCGGCCGUUGUGCACGUUCACGUCUUACACGCCGAGGAGCAUCUGGCGCGCAAGUCCCCUUCAUCUUCCUCGACAUCAUCAGCGUCAUCAGGAAAUUCGGUGGUUACAGGCGUAAGCCGGCCAGAAUCGUGGGCGCUCUCAUAUUUGCACACAAGUUUGCCACUGCUUGCGCUCGAACUGUUCUUCUUGCUGGUCGUCGCCCGGGCCACGUGACAUCACCUUAACCCGAGGCUAUUCUGUCGUUCGGCGUGCCAGCCGUCGAGCGGAUCGGAAUCAUCCUCGAUGGUGGCCGAUAGGCAUGGUCAAGCCAGAACUUGCCAACAGCCAUUGAAGACAAGCAGUAUAGAAACGACCAAAUCAACAAAAUCUGCGAUGCCAGCUGUCUCACCGAUGUCCACGUCGGAGUCUGAUUUUGAUUUGGUUGAGGCAAACAGCUUGUUCACAAGCUCAGGACCACACGCAAGAAGCCCACGAGGCAAUAACGCCUCUCAGAUUGGUGAUGUUGUUCAGAAAGCAAGAAUAUUCCAGGUUCAGUCAGAGGGGCGCACGGGCGGUUGUACACUUCAAUUGCAGAUCACAGGUUGUAGCUUGGCGUUGGAUGGGGAACGUGCCCUAUUGAGUGGUAACGGUCAGCACGCCAAUGUCAACUUCGUGUAACACGCUCAAAAUCCCACGCAAAAUGGUCCCAUCUUUCGUCAGAAAAAGUCAGUGGUAGUUCGUCAUUUUAGGCGAGGCACGUGGUGAUCGUUGGUGUGGAGAUGGCUUCUUUCUGCAUGACGCAAAGGGCUGAAACGAAUAUAAAAUGUAAUUGAAUAUGAAUGUAAAUGUAUAUCAAAAAUACCUCUAUAUCUAUAAUAUAAAUAAAUAGAAAGCAUAAGAAAAGUUUGUAUGUGUACAAAAGUAUAGACGAAUAGAAGAAUAUAAUUAAUCCGAUCAGCGGAGACAGCCCAUGGAGGCCGUGAUAACGUAUGAAAUAUUUGAGGAAUCCUAUAACGAGGAAAACAUUGCUAACAAGCGAAAAGGGCAACCCAGUUUCUAGAAGCUAAAAUGUGUUUAUACUACAUAAAGAAAUCAAUAGUGAAACAGAACAAUGUUAGAGAUCUCGAAGACGCCAACGCUUCUCUUUAAGAAACACCGGGUUGGUUUUAAAUGGUGUCAAAAUAGAGAGCGCAAAAGUUCAAUCAUAAUUCUAGAACUCAGUAAUGAUGUUCAUGAAAUUUCAGGUAAAACACAGGUUUAUGAAUCUCAUUAAUUAGUGGCUUUUACAAAUAAGUUUGUAACACGUGGAAAUAAAAACGUAAGUUUACACCAACCAGUAACAAAUAGGUUAUAACUUUCUCAAAAAUUCGAAUGAUUUUGGGAAGACCUAAUCGCCUCUUUAAUUUUCUUCGUCUGUGUAGAAAAAUCGGGAUGACAAAAGAAUGAAUUCCAAUUGACGUUUUGUACUAAUUAAAACUGUUUUAAUUAUUACAACAAGGAAGGCAUCAUUUGAAAACCCCGCGGGGGGGAGGAGGGGCAGCAAAUCACGAAAUUAUUAGUCUAUCCUGACAGCUGUGAUAUCACUUAAUAGAAUAACAUAGUGUACAUAAGUGCAUAUUAGUUGUGAAAAUGGUGACUAUAAAAAAAAUUAAUAGACAUGAAAAUAAAUCUAGCCAUUUACGUAAAAAUCUCGGCAUGUUAUUAGUGUGAAAUCAAUAUACCCUAUGCAGUAAUGACACGUUAACCAAUGCACCACAAAAAAGCAGAAAAGAUCGGUCAGACAACAUCAUA